AUGGCCAACGAUCGGGCAAGUAAACAUGUAUUAUUAUUAUUAUUAUUGUUAUUGUUGUUGUUGUUGUUGUUGUUGUUAUUGUUAUUGUUAUUAUUAUUAUUAUUAUUAUUAUUGUUAUUGUUGUUGUUGUUGUUGUUGUUGUUGUUGUUGUUGUUGUUAUUGUUAUUAUUAUUAUUAUUAUUAUUAUUAUUAUUAUUAUUAUUAUUAUUAUUAUUAUUAUUAUUAUUAUUAUUAUUAUUAUUAUUAUUAUCAUUAUUAUUAUUAUUAUUAUUAUUAUUAUUAUUAUCAUUAUUAUUAUUAUUAUUAUUAUUAUUAUUAUUAUUAUUUCUGCUUGCACUAGGCAAUACCGGAUGA